CAACUUCCGUCUGGAAUACGCUGCUUACAACAGCAAACAUCGUAUCUUCUCUAAAAAAAAUCCUACCUGCUGUACGAUAUUUGCUGUUGCAACCAGCGAAUAGACUGAUAAAAAAAUUAUCGUCAAAGCCGAACAAGUUUUCCAGUUUCUCUGCAUUUUCUUGCGCUAAUUUGCAAAAGUUUGCCAUUUAUUUCAUUAAAUAAAGUGAUAAAUUCACCGAAAUGGCUGCAAAAGCUGUGUGCGUUCUCAAUGGCGACGUAAAGGGCGUUGUGUAUUUCGAUCAAGCGUCCCCGGAUGCCCCUGUCGUACUCAGUGGCGAGGUAACUGGACUCACGCCCGGACAACACGGUUUCCAUGUACAUGAAUUCGGAGAUAAUACCAACGGUUGCGUUUCCGCGGGGGCUCACUACAAUCCCCAUGGCAAAGAGCACGGGGGUCCCGAUAGCGCUGUGAGACACGCUGGGGAUCUCGGGAACAUUGUGGCUGACGCCAAUGGAGUUGGCAAGGUCGCAAUUUCCGAUAAGCAGAUUUCCCUUAGUGGUCAGUACAGCGUUAUUGGUCGUACUCUGGUCGUACAUGCUGAUCCUGACGAUUUGGGACUUGGAGGGCAUGAGCUGAGCAAGACUACCGGAAAUGCCGGGGCUCGUGUUGCCUGCGGAGUAAUUGGAAUCGCUAAGAUUUAAUCAAUAUGAAAUCCAACAGAAUAUGAAAGGAAGCUUGGGCAAAAGAAUACUGGAAUGGGAAUUGAAAGCAAGGCUUCGGAAAUUUGUAAACAAUAUGAAUUACAUCCUGUUCAACAUAAUAUUAUUUCUGGGAAAUUGGAAUAAACUUGAAAUCUCCUAAA